CAGAUUUGCAGAUACAGUAGAGAAAUGGAUUAUCAGGGGAAUGCAGAGAAGAUUAUUAAAGAAGAUGCCCUAGUAAAAUCAGGAAGUGACACUGAAGAAAGCAUUGAAAUGAAACAGGAAAGUGAAGUGAAAAACUCAGAUGCAGAUCAUGCAAAGUCUGGGACUCUGGAGCAAAGCUCUACAGUUGAGGAUAAGGAUAAAAUGGCUCCAGAAAACCAAGCUCUUAAUGAAGAUAAUUUACAUUACGAGGAUGGAAUCUGCAUCUACACUGAACCUGAGUCUAAGUGUCAAUUUGUUUGGGAUGACGUCAAAAAAGAAUGGGUGGCAAGAGACUCUCCUGGUUCAUUCUCCGACAAGGAUUAUGAAUAUGAUGGGAAAACAUACAAGUAUACUGACAAAGAAACUACACGUAGUGAUCUAGAGAAAAUGAUAUUGAGUAUAUUUUGGGAUGUUGAUACGAAUGAGUGGAAAGAACUAAACAAGGAGAAGAAAGCUGCAAAGAAUGUGGAUGAAGAACAAGACUCUGAUGACGAUGAAGAUAACCAAGAUGAUGCGAAAAAUAAAUCAAAAGAGAUCACAAAGCAGGAUAUGUCCAAAGGUCAUUAUGGGUAUGAAAAUGACACUCAUACAUACACAGACCCUUCUGAUGGAUCAAAAUACUUUUGGGACAAGGAGAAAAAUGCUUGGUUUCCUAAGGUUGAUGACGACUUCUUAGCGCAGUAUCAGAUGAGUUAUGGAUUUGUUGAUCCUACUGAAGACAAGCCAUCAGAAGAACAGAAGCCAGAGCCGCCUCCACCACCGGCUGCUGACGCUGUCAAGAGAAAAGCCCCUCAAGAACCAGCUUGGUUCGAUGUUGGUGAGGAAUCAACGAAAGUGUAUGUGAGUGGUCUGCCUAUGGACAUUACGGAAUCAGAGUUUGUGGAUGUGAUGCAGAAGUGUGGUUUGGUCAUGCGAGACAUCGACAGCGGCAAGAUGAAAGUCAAGAUCUACCUUGAUCCCCAAACCUCUCUUCCAAAAGGCGAUGCUCUCUGCACUUACAUUAAGGUAGCGGUGCUAGCUGGUGUAGACUUAAGGGUGUAG